AUGUGCUCGAAUCCCUUAUCCUUAGAGAUUAAAGAAAGAGAUUCAAAAGCAGCAGUAUUCAAAGUUUCUAGACAUAUUCAGGAGUUGCAGAUCAACAUUCCUUUUGCUGAAGCUUUAGAGAACAUGCCCAACUAUGCAAGGUUCAUGAAGGAUCAAUUAUCAAGGAAGCGUAAGUUGCGGGAAUGUGAGACGGUAAACCUAACAGAAGAAUGUAAUGCUAUCAUCCCAAAGAAGUUACCUACCAAAGUCAAGGAUCCAGGGAGCUUCAACAUUCCAUGCACUAUAGGCAAAGUGGAAGUGGACAACGUUUUAUGUGAUCUUGGAGCUAGCAUCAAUGUCAUGCCACUCUCCAUGAUCAAGAAGUUGGGGAUUACUGAAGUGAAGCCCACAAGGAUGAUAGUGCAACUGGCUGACCGCUCUUCAAAGCAAGCUUAUGGCAUUAUUGAGGAUAUACUGGUAAAGGUAGAGAAAUUCAUCAUCCCUGUUGAUUUUGUCAUCCUUGAUAUAGUGGAAGAUGCCACAAUUCAAAUGAUCUUCGGAAGACCCUUCUUAGCAACUUUAGGAGCACCGAUUGAUGUACUUAAAGGUAAGUUGAUCUUACGGGUAGAUGGAGAACAAGCAAUAUUCAAGUUCUUUGACAAAGAAGUUUCCCCACCUAUAGCUCAACUGAAAGAUCAAGUCUUCUAUAUUGGUGAAAGGAAAGGUGAAGAAGAGCACAAUGAUGAGUCUUCUCAAGAAAGCAAGCCAAAGGUUAAGAUGGAGAAACCUGGUAGCAAAGGAAAGCAUGUAAAAGUCAAGUUCAAAAUUCUUGAGACUACUUUACCUCUCCUAUAA